CAUGAGUCGCCACCAAGUUAGUGAAUGCGCAUACGACGACGGCGACGAUCGACGUCGAGCAGAACGAUCGCAGGUAUUCUUGAUGUGAAACACGAGCCUCGAUUUUAUUUACCGUGUCCUCGUACACGAACAACCUCUCUAAGGAGCGGACCAAAGUAGCCAGCAGGUGGUCAGGGAAAGUUAUGAGGCCCUGUUUCAUACCUGUCGUCGUCGUCCUGAUCCUGAUCGAGGUACCCGACCGUAGCGACAGCAUCAUCUCCCAUAAUUUAGUAAAAGGAUGGGCACACAAGCUAGGCUUCGAGUUGUCGCAGUUGGGCAAGUUUGUGACAAAGGUGGAGAAGUUCGAAGAGAGCUAUAAGACGGCGGAGGUCACUCCACGUGAUGGAAAUGCUCUCGUCCACGAAAUUGCUAAGGACAUUAAAGCUAUGAUGGAGUCCAAGAUCUCAGCUAUCAGGAGGAUAAUGGACGUGGCUGAAACAUCGGCGUUAUCAUCCGCCGACGUAGAUCCGCCGGCAGAUUACAACUUCGUCGACGCAAAGGACGGUCCUAUUAAUCUUGAAUACAAUUCUCACUUCGGUGGCCCGGUGAAUCUCAGCAUGUCGGCGGUACAUGUGCCUACGAAUGUGUACAAACGCGCAUCGACUGUCAUCCAAGCGAUUAAGUGGUCCGAAGCGCUCGAUCGUACUUUCAUCAACAAUUUUGAGCAAGACCCGUCGUUAUCAUGGCAAUACUUCGGCAGCGCGACUGGUUUUAUGCGUCAAUAUCCUGCUAUGAAUUGGAUCAUGGACCCAGUGGAUCUGUUCGACUGCAGAACAAGGAGCUGGUACAUUGAAGCGGCUACUAGUCCGAAGGAUAUUCUCAUUCUGAUGGACACAUCCGGUAGUAUGACUGGUAUACGACGGGAGAUCGCCAAGCACGUGAUAAACAACAUCCUUGAUACCCUUGGUAACAAUGACUUCGUCAACAUCAUUACAUUCUCCAAUUCGACCAAAGAGGUAGUGCCAUGCUUCAAGGAUACCUUGGUCCAGGCGAAUCUGGCGAACGUACGUGAACUAAAGCGAGCCAUUUUGGAUCUUGAAACAGAGAAGAUCGCCAACUUCUCUCUGGCUCUGACGACCGCUUUUGAAUUACUAGAAACAUUUCGUAAUAAGUCAGAAGGUGCUGGAUGCAAUCAAGCAAUCAUGUUAAUCACCGAUGGCGUACCAUACAACUACAAGGAGAUUUUUGAGGCGUACAACUGGAAGAAUAAUACGGACGAGCCAUAUAAGGCCGAUAUGCCCGUUAGAAUAUUCACCUAUCUGAUCGGUCGGGAGGUUGCAGAUGUACGGGAGAUACAGUGGAUGGCUUGCGCCAAUAGAGGAUACUACGUACAUCUGUGCACUCCAGCGGAAGUGAGAGAAGAGGUGUUGAAGUAUGUGCCGGUGAUGGCAAGGCCUUUGGUGCUGGGUCGCAUGGACCAUCCGACCAUCUGGACUCCUGUUUACGCUGACAUAACGGAUCCAAAAAUGACUGAUUGGUUGUGGGAACAGCGCGAGUGUGAGGAGCAGAAGCAACGCUACCUGAAUAGGAACUACUUCGAGGAACAGGAUCGACGAUUCGUGAAGAAGCAGAAACGACGACAUGAUCAGAUGAGCGAACUGCAGGAAUACGAGCUAAUGACCUCGGUUAGCAUGCCGGUGUUUGAUCGACGCGAGAACGCGAACAUCACAAGGCAGGUGCUGGUGAACGAAGCAUACUGGGUGACAGAAACAAGAGAGACGAUGGUCGCCAAUCUCCUCGGUGUUGCUGGUACGGAUGUUCCGAUAAGAGAAAUCCAGAAAUUGAUGAUGCCACACAUGCUCGGCGUCAACGGUUACGCUUUCAUCGUGACCAACAAUGGUUUCAUCCUGAUUCAUCCCGAUCUUCGACCAGUGGUAUAUCCCAGUUACCAAUUAAUUAAAAAACUGGUGGCAAGUUGGUAUCGAACUCGUCAUUGCAACAGCUCAUUCCAGGGUAUCUUGAAACCGGCAUAUAAUAGCGUCGAUAUGGCAGAAGUUGAGCUAAUGGAUCACAAUAAUGACCCCAGAGAUUUCGACGAAGGAAUCCUCACGCUUCGCGACAAUGUGGUGAAUCAGACGAAUGGUACCGUGACGCUUUACACAAAGUAUCAUUAUGAUGACAUGAAACGUGUCGGCAGAGUGAAGAGAAAAUACGAUUACGUGGGAAUAACGGACACUCCAUUCACAAUAGUGGUCAGUUUGCCUGAGCACGAUCAUACUGGAAAUUACCGCGUACACGCUACCGAGGAGAUACAUCGAUCUCACGCUAAAGGGAAAAACGUGACAGAUUACUUCGCGGGUAAUAACUGGCGGGUGCAUCCCAAUUGGAUGUAUUGCAAGUAUCACUACGAGGGUGAACACAAGUUCAACUCCUCGGAGUUGCAGCUCCUACAUUUUCUGGAGCGUACCCGCCUACCAGGCUGGAAGUGGAUCGACAAGAAACAGCGAUCCCAACCGCCAGAACACUCCGCUACGAGUUCCAGUCACAGCUCUCGUCCUAAUCCCUACAAGGCCGACAAAGAUUCGUACUGUUGCGACAGGAAUCUACUGCUCAGUCUAGUAUACGAUGCUAAGGUAACCGAGUGGUUUGCCCAGCAAAUCCCACCGAAUCCCAGCACCAAGGAAGGACCUUUAGCUAGGCUGAUGAAUCAGAUGCCCAGGAAACAGUUCAAACAACGCUUUGGGGUGGUCCUGGCAUUUAUGGCCACACAUAGUGGACUGACCAGAUGGCAAGAUUUUUCUUCAGAGGAAGAUAUGUCGCUACCGGAGGAUCAUUUUAGUAAUCUGUAUCCUCGUGCUAUCGAUGAAGUAUGGUACAAACGAGCGGUUGAGCAGUACUACGUUAGCCCGGACAGUUUUGUUUUUUCCGUGCCAAUCGAUGACGAGGGUGCCGACAACACUACUCUAGUUACUGCCAGUCGUGCUGUAUUUAUCGGAAACGAUGUAAAGGCGCCGGCCUUGGUUGUCGGCUUCCAAUUCCAGCAUACUGCCUUGCAAACGCUUUUUCAAAAUAUAACAUUUAAUUGCGAUGGUAAUUGUCAUAAUAAGCAGACCUGCGGCGAUGACAACUUAGCAUGUUAUCUUAUCGACAAUAACGGCUACAUAAUCGCAGCCGAGGAUGAGACAGACGCCGGUAAAUUUUUCGGUGAAGUUAGAGGUCCGAUAAUGAGUAGAUUAGUCGACGAUGGUGUCUUCGAGAGGAUAAGGAUCUUUGAUUAUCAGGCGGUAUGCUUCAAGAGUUCGCAAACGAAGAAUGCCGGCAACGUACUUCUCACUCCAUGGAAGCAUUUCCAGAAAGCAUUGACGUGGAUGAUUAGUCAAGUUGCUUGGGCUUGGGCGAAAAUGGGCAUAUUGGAGCCUGAUGAGGUUCCAGUGUAUGGUAUGAGUCGAUAUGAAAACGAUGACUCGAUUCCUGAAGAUGAAGAGAAAUCGGUUAAUCUAAAAGACGACAGACCAAACUUUAUAAUCAAUCGUACACGCCUGGAAGUAUGUGAUCAAGAGAUAGGCUUGUACCUCCUAAAUGCCUCGUUUGAGUCGCACGAUAAGGACACAGAUGAUUGUCAGUACAUGGUUCAGCGGGUGGCUCAUAGUAACAUGCUGCUGGUAGUGAUACACGAAAUCUGUGGCAAAAUGACAUGGCCGCCACUGAGCACCAAGCCCGAGGAAUGGGUCUAUAAAAAUAACACGUUGGUCUGUCAAAAAGCAAUCCCCGGUCUCAAGCGAAAGCGUCCACAAUCCUGUAUACGUACACAUACUCGCGAGAGUGAGAUCAAGGAUCAGUGCGGUUUGGCGACAAAUGCCAGAUUGAACUUGUUCCUCUUGAUAUUGCUAUUGAUGUGUGCACUAGCUGGAAAGAGUACCAUUCUUCUCGGUUAAGGUCAAGCUGAUUUCGUAGCCAACUAUUGGUGUCAAAUUAGUCAACGAUGAAGUUUAUGGUAUGCCUUGCCUCGAACAGACUUUCACUGAUGGAGCGUAUGUGGAUAUUUGUAUAUCCAGUUCCAGUAUAUCUUCUCAUCCGAUGAUCAGGGUUGUUACAUAAUGCAUAUUUGAACAAUUUUUCAUCUAUUUGUUCGUUAAUUGUCCAAUCCAAUUUGAAAACAAGGGAAAACCUAAAAAAAAAAUAUAUAGAUAACUUAGUAUACACUAGAGGGAAAUGAUAAAAAUAAAUUAACUUUUUUUUUUCAAAUUUAUAUUUGUUAUAUACUAUUUAAAUUUCUUGAUUUUAUCCAAACAUAUAUCAAUUCUGAUCACGAAUGCUCUGAGAUAUUCUGUACUCUCUACCUCUCGUUACUGCGAUCUAUAAAUGUGGACGCAGUCGAGUCGUUCUAGACGAAUUUAAUGUGCUAUUUAAUCCUGCCCGAUAUAUCCAGUUUCUACGCGAUCAAUCAAAUGUGACGAACGCAAUCGAGAUCAAAAAGUAUGCUAAGAUACAAAAGUGUCCUCCAUCAUCAUCAAUCGUCACAAAUCAGAUUAGAUGAUCAGAAUUCAAAAGUUUAGCGUAGAAUCGUUCGCUAAUACAUUUUCGAUCAUGAAAUAGAGGGACAAAAGUGUGAUUCAAUGAAUGAUUUUCCUAGAUGCGUUUUAUUACGCCAUUUUAAAGAAAUCACCAGGAAUCUAUUCUUUAAAUUAAAGGUAUUCAAUUUCAAAUAAAUUCUUAUCAAUGUCUCUUAAUCUUUUUUUUCCCAUUAUUUUGCACUCGAAUCGAAGAUAAACGAUUGUAUCUUUCAACAGACGAAACGAGAAAUAAAAAAAAAUAUAGGCGUUACGAAUCUUUUAAUACAUAAAUAGUCACCUACAUUUGCGACGUAUUUUCAUAUUGUUUAAGCAAUAAUUAUGAUGCGAUUACAAUAGAUAUCUGGAUAUAAAAUCGAAAUUGUCUCAAAUAUGCGUAACUGUCUGGAAAUACUUUAAGCACCGAAUAUAUGAUAUCGAGACAUUAGAAUAUGAUCAAGAUUGUUUUUUCUAAUGGUUUUCCAAAUACAUCCGGUAUUGUUAGAAGAAUUUGUUUUUUUUUCACAAUCAAAAAACAAAUUUUUCUUUUAUUAAAUAUCAGGAUAUAUUUCGGGAAUCAUUAAAACAGUGUCUCAACCGACUUUGACAUUUUCACCAUAUGUAGAUAGGUCAAUUGAAUGAUAUAAGAGAAAGUUCCAGGUAUUCUAGAACCGAUUUAGCCAAUUUAAAUGCUAAUUCGUUAAGACGUAGAUUUUUCUAGUUGUCGAAGCAGGGUGGCGUAACUAACACGAUACAUGUUCACAAAUACACUACGAUACAUUCGCAUACGCGCUUUGUACAUUAUAAACCGACGACGACACGGAGAUACGAUGCGCGUCGUUGGACAUCUACAGAAAAUUAUGAAACGUUAAUUUUGUAUAUCUCUGUAUUAUACUGAAAUGUGUGUAUUUUAUGUGUAUGUAUGUGAGUGUAUGUGCGUGUGCUUGUGUGUAUGUGUGUAAAAAAGUGUGUGCCUUUGGACACGCGGUUAAACAAAGAGAAAAAGUAAAAACGAAGAAUCGAGAUCUUGUUGUAUGUUUAUCGAAUAAAUCACCGAAUGUUCUAUAUAUUAUCGCUGAACUCCGGUUCUCGGAUGGUGGCCUCGUUGCGGGAACGAGUUCCGUUCAGGGAACGGGGAUGUUGUUUGUAUUACAUAGAGUUUAUUACAAUUUGCUAUGUACAACGGCUUGCCUAUGUAAAACAAGGACGUUUUCGUAUCAAAAUGACAACUUUUCGAGAGAAGACUAGACUUUACUCAAACC